AUGCAUGUCGAGCCUGGUCAAUACAUCAACCUCUGGAUGCCGUCGGUAAGUUUGUGGUCAUGGACUCAGACGCACCCUUUCACCAUCACAUCCUGGUCCAAGGGUAGACAGGAUACUUUGAAGCUACUUGUGCAACCUCGCAAUGGCUUCUCUGCAGAUCUCGGACGCCAUGGUGCGCUGCCCACAGAUAGCUCGGUAUCAUUCUUAGCCUUAUUUACCGGACCUCAUGGACUCACCGAGGACGUCGAUCCCUACGAAACCAUUCUGAUAAUUGCGACCGGAUUUGGAAUCGCGACUUCGAUUCCGUAUCUAAAGAAAAUGAUUCAUGGCUACAAUACAUGUACGUCCCGUACUCGCCGACUGCAUCUGGUCUGGCAAGUAGAUUCCAUCGAAAUGGUGAGCACGGCCGAAGAGCAGAUCGAUGAUGUCCUUGAAGAUGAUAUCAUAGAUAAGGGUUAUAUACUCAGCAUAUCCAUUUACGUGGAGCACGGCCUUGCAAAUAGCAGAACACCGGUUGGAAAACAUGAAAGGAUAUGCUAUUACCAGGGCUUACCUGAUUAUCGCGAAAUAAUCUCAACCGAAGCAUCUGGGAGUCAGAUAGAGAGACUGCCGAACAUCCCGGACGAGCCAGGUCGAACUCUUGUAAUGGUUUCCGCAAGCGAUGGUCUCAGAGAUCGCUUACGCGACAUUGCAAGAGGCUAUCUCCACCAGGGUGUUGAGCUUUCAGAGCUGGAAUAUCAGCCUGAGUAG